CAUCGCGGCGGGGCCGGGCCGCGCUCGUCCUGCGGGGCCGCUCCGUGCUCCCGGGAAUCGCUCCGAGCAAACGGGAAUGGAUUUCCCCUCCGCAAUGCUGGGACAGGAUGCCGAAAUCCCCCGCGCGCGGCCUCUGCCGGCCGCGGGUCCCGGCACCGUGAAUCCUUUCCUGAGCCUGCUGAACUCCAUCUCCUCGGGCCUGUCGGACACGGAGCUCUCCCAGAUGAAGUUCCUGUGCAGGGACAAAAUUGGGAAGCGAAAGCUCGAUGCGGUGCAAAGCGGCCGGGAGCUCUUCAGCAUCCUGAUGGAGCAGCAGCUGAUCGCGCACUACAACCUGGAAUUCCUGAGGAAGCUGCUGCAGCACAUCGGGAGGAGAGAUUUGGUGUCACAGCUGGUGCAGUUCGAAGAGGAAGAGCCUCAUACCCCUGGUGAUCAGCCAGAUGGGCAUGAAAAACGUCUCCUGAAAGCAGCUGUUGAUGUCAUCUGUGACCAUGUUGGGAGAGAGUGGAAGAAGCUGAUGCGAGAGCUUGGGAUGGCAGAGGUGAAGCUGGACAGGAUAGUGGCAGCCCAUCCAUUCAAUUUGUAUGAACAGCUGGUUCAGGCGCUUCGGGAGUGGCAGGUAUGCAAGGGGAAGGAUGCAAAGGUGGCUGACUUAAUAAAAGCCCUCCGGAGCUGCAACCUGAAUUUGGUGGCAGACAAGGUUGAAGAGAGGAUCUCACAGCUGAACGUGGAGCCACAUGAAAUACCUUUAACGCUAUGAAUGAAAAAAGUCAAUGAAAUGACUGUAAAACUACGAAGGAAAAACGUCAGAACGCCUUCUCCUCUUCUGAACCAAAAUAAUUAUCACUGCUUAUCAUGCCAUUUAUUUAUGUGCCUUAAUAAGUUAAUUUGCGCUCAGGUGAAGAUUGACAUGGAAACAGAUUCCUUUCAGGGAACACUUUGUAGUUUGAUGCUUCUUUCAAGACUUUUUAACUUUCACAGGAUCUGAAUUCCAUUUUGUAGAAAUUCUCAUGCUUUUGUUGCCACUCAACUGAAAAGAUUUGUUUUGCUCCAUGGGAUGCUUCUGAGGCACCUGGAAUUUAAAAUUUCAUGGGAAGGUUGGAUUUUUUUUUUUUUUUUUUUUUUUUUUUUUUUUUUUUUGGUGGCCUAUUAUAAAU